CGUUCAAAGCUUCACGAGAGUACGAGACACACGCCAGAAAAGCCAAGAAAGGACAAGAAAGGAAAUAAAAAAGAGAAAUGGACUCUUCUAAGCAACAAUUCCGUGCAGGUGAAGGCCAGGCCAUGACUGAAGAUUGGCUUCAGUCUGCUAAAGAUACCACAACUGGUGCCCGUGACAACGUGGCAAAUACGGCUCAGACCACCAUGGACGCUGCCCAACAACGCAAGGAUGAGACUGCCAGCUUCUUCCAGCAGACUGGAGACCAAAUGAAGAAUAUGGCACACGGUGCCGUGGACACCAUGAAGAACACAAUUGGAAUGAAUGACAACAGCAACAUCAAGAAGUGAAAGCAUGUGGCAAAUAAGAAUGCAAAGCAGAAACCAGCCCUUCCCUUCCUCUUUUUUUUCUUUUUAUUUUUUGUCUCAGAUAAGAAGUAGAGAUGAUAUAUAAUCUCUCUGGUAAGUCUUGUAGUAGUUUAUGGUUCCUAGAGAAUUGUUUUGGAAGUGACAGAGGAAGAGAGUUUGUGAGGGUAGAUAGAGGUGCUUUGUAUUUUCUUUUGAUUUUUGAUUUUUGGAGUUUUUCUAUCUUCAAAUCUGUGGAUGAAUUGAGUUCUCUUCUAGUGGAAAGUUCUUUUAAGAGCCCCUAGGAGAUUUUGUAAUAAAGCUUUAAUAAUAUAUUUAUAACAAAAUAUUUAGAUUUAAA